CCUUCUGGGCUUUAUGUCAAGAAUAGAACAAUAAGAAGUGGAGCAGUGCCCUGAUAUCAGCUCAUGCUGCUGUUUGCUCAAAUACUGGCCUUUUCUUCAUUACUUUUCUCAAGACACCGCUGUGGAGACCUGCACUAACUGCCUUCAGGAGUGUAGAUGUGCCGGUGCGCAGCAGAAUGAGCCGGAGGAAGAGGAGGAACAGCCGCAGGAGGAAGAGCUCCAGCAGCAGUAAACAAUGCAUCUCUCCAUAUAAUUUCCAAAGGCAAACUGUGAUGGACGCUGUGGUUCAUGGGGAGGAUUUUGCAGAGAAGGGAGAAACGGACUCUUUCUGUAAAGAACAUAUAGUGUCAGAGUCUGAAGAUGAGAAAGAGACAGAGGCUCCAAGCAUGGAGAAAGAAAACGAAUCCACGAGUAAUGAAGAUUUCUUCGAAGACAGACAGAUGAGGGACAGGCAAAUGCCAAUCUCAGAAUCAGUGAGCAGAGAUCCGGGGUUGAAGAUAACUCAUUCACUGACCUUCGAUAAUUUUGGACUGACUUCUCCCAGAGUUGUGUUUGAACGGUGCCAUGAGGCUCCUCUAGGAGGAGCAGUUAGCAGUGUGAUAGCUGUUACAACCACUGAGGUCAAGUGCAUGGGCCCGAACGUGAGGCUUGAGAUCAGUGAAGUAGUGACGUCAGAUGAUUCAAACUUCAAGACGACCGUUACCUUUCAAAACGACAGAGGAGAAGAGACUCAUUUCACAAGCCGAAUGGAGAAACAUCAGAAUCACAAAAAUCCCCAAAUCUACUCAUGGACUCAACAUGGAGCACAUUACCAACAAAAUGUAAGCUAUAAGAUUAGCAUCGCAGAGCUAAAUGCGGAGUCGUCAUGCGCUUCCAAGAGCCAGAGCUCAUGGGAUGAUCCUGAAGAAGUGGCUUGCCGUAAAAGCUGCUGUAAAAAUAACUUUCAUUGGGGUGGCCAAACUGACACUGAUUUCACUCUGGUCGAUGGAUCUUCCCGAUGUUCAUCGCUCUCAGAUUUUUGGCAACGUCAGAAACAGCCAUCACUGCCUACCAGCCCCAGUAAUGAGGCAUUAUGGGAUAUCCCUCCACCUGAACAAUUCGCUGAUGGGAACAGCAGUGCAUUGGAUGUUCUUGCAGAAAAUGUUGCGUCAUGUCAGAUCAGUCCCAGAGAAAACUUCAUUAACCAAGACAACAUCAAUUGCACACAAACAGCGUCUGAGGUCCCCUUAUGCAAAGAGUUUAUCCGCCAGAAUACAUUGGAGGAGAAUAAUGAGCCAAGGUACUGUGAAGAACUAUCUGAAGCAAGUCCUCAUGAACAUUUAUUCAUGAGCCCCAGAGUUUCAAUCAACAGAUCCUCUUUCACUAAAAACUUUAUCAACAAUCAUGAAAGAAAGACACGCUUGCGCAACAACAGCAUUGCCAUUCUAGAAACCAAAACACAUCCUGCAGGCUACAUGGAGAUACCUCCCAAAAGACGAAAGACUUUCCCAGGAGUAUCGUAUCUUAUGAGCCAAGCCAGAGACAGCAUUCCCUCAUACAGAGAGUCGUUUUCUUCUGGCACGCUGUCUUCCUUCUUCAUGCAGUCUCUUCCCUGUCAAGCAGAGAAGAUGGGCAGAUUCUUUGCAGAAGAUGAAAGACUCCGUCCAGUUGGGAGUCGCAAAUCUUCCAGUAGCAGUAGCUACAGGCCGAGCUCAAGCUCUACAACUGGUCCGGACUCUUUUGGUCCAAAAUGUAGAGCUUAUAGCACGAUCAAAAACCCUUUUUAUCCAUCCAGGUCAGAUGAAAGUCCAGAAGAAGUCUUCUUUAGAGGUGAACAGUAUCAUGAGCAGGAGCAUCUAGAUGAGAUGGUGGAGCCCAGUUUGGAAGCCGAUGUUGGGAUGAUGUUUGCUGAUCUAGACAGCACCUCUGGGGGACAUACUGAGCUGAAUGAAGUCAGCGAGAGUGGAUUUGAUGAGGAGAUGGUGGAACUGGACGAGUCCAUUUCUGCAGGCAACACCAUGGACAGUCAUCAAAGGGAGCUUCUUAUUCAUGUCAUCCCACCUUCACUGAGCAACUCUGAAGAAAAAAUCAACGAAGGAAUACACUACAGCCUCAAGCCCAACACAUUUGAGGAAGAUGAGACUGAAGGCUUGAUGCGAAGAGCAUCAGUGAUGACAAUAAUCACUGGGGAUAACGAGCAGAGAUUUCUACAAGGCAACUACGUCUUCUCACUCGAUGGGGAGGUUUCGCCGGAUGCUUUGAGCCCAGUAAGUGAGUCUCCAACUGGGUCUCCAAUAGAGGACCUCGGCAGCAUUAGAGAAGGUGUAGAAGAGCUUCAGGAUUCAUCCCAAGCACCAAAGACAACAACUGUACAGAUGAAUAUGUCCUCUCAGUCGCCGAAUGCAACCCUGGAUAAAAUAAGCAGAGAUGUCUGUAGAACACCAAAAGUGUAUAAAAAUGAUUUGUCUGAACGGCCAAAUGCCUCAAAAAAUACAUUAGAGGUCAAAGAGCACCUAAAGCCUCCAACAGAUUCCAUUCAUAAAGAUUCAGAGGAUCAUUCAGACCACUGGGCAAAGAGACGUAAACUCUUCAAGGAGAGCAAACAGCGUAGUUCUGCAGGAGGAAAUUCAAUAUCUAGCAAUAUCACAGAGGAAUCGGACACAAUGAACUCUGAGGACACUCGUUCGGUGGAUAUGUCAAUGCGAGAUAUUGAGGACAGAGGAUUUUACACUGAAACAUUUCACUCAGUUUCAUGGAUAUACCAUGGGGCUGAGGUCACCCAGAACGACAGUCCACACUGCCUCAGAAGCUGUGCUCGACCAGCAGCAAUUCGUGAGCGGACAGUAAAAAUCUGCAAAGGUGUGGGCGAGUAUCCCUGGGGCUUCAGAAUUCAGUUCUCCAAACCCAUAGUGGUUACUGAAGUGGAUACAAAUGGACCAGCAGAGGAAGCAGGGCUGCAGGUUGGAGAUUUUGUGCAGGCGGUAAACGGCACGGAUGUCACCAGUGUACCACACUCAGAAGCAGCUGAUCUCGCACGCCAAGGCCCAGACCUUUUAACUCUCACCAUCGGCUCGGAUAUUGGUCGAACGCCCAACACUCCACGUCCCGCGUGCAGGGGCUACUUACAUAAGCGAACACAGUCGAGUUUCCUGAAGGGCUGGAGAAAGAGAUGGUUCGUGCUCAGACAUGACUGCUGCCUCUACUACUACAGAAACAAGCGCGAUGAAGGGAAGAGUCGGGCCUUGUCUGUGAUGAGUCUGGAGGGGGCGCUGGUGGAGGCUGACAGCACUUUAGGAAAGCCCUUCGUCUUCAGAUGCUGCCCUGUUUCUGGCAACAGAGCUUACUACUUGUGUGCUACAUCAAACCAGGAGAUGAAAAGGUGGCUGGAGGCUAUGGGUAGAGCUGUUCAUCCCAUCACUCAGAAUCACGUGUGGGUGGACGUCACUCGGCACAACUCAAAUCUGCCCCCGCUGGCGGUCAAGAACCCAGAAUGCCUUGGUUUGCUCCAUCAGCUGGACAGAAGCAAAGACUCAUGGGUGCAGUACUACUGCGUGCUGAAAGACGGAUGCCUCUAUUUCUACGUCAGUAUUCGUUCAACAUCCGCCAUAGGAGGAAUCUAUCUACAUGGAUACACAGUGAAAGAUCAGCCGCUGGGGUCCAGAAGAUCCACCAUUGAGCUCAGGCCUCCGUCUGAUGAGUUUAAAGUCUUCUACCUCUGUGCCGAAAAUGGAAACGAGAACAAACGAUGGAUCAGUGCUAUUAAAUCCUCUAUAACAAAAUGGCUGCCACUGCAUCAAGCAAUUCAAGACUACAUGAGUCGGCCAGCCGAGGAAACGAGAAUGUGAACAAGACUGACCUCGAUUCUGCCAGCGUUGAUGACAUGAUGGUGAAGAUCCUAUGCCUUACAGACAAAUCAUACUACUGCGUUUCAAAUCAGCUGGACACUUUACUACCCAAUUCAAUGCAAUACCCAAUACAAUUUUACAGUUUGACAAGUUGGUGGAUUUAAUCAAUCCAUAUUAGGCAAAAAAGCCGCCCUAAACAUAACUAAUAUUAAACAGCACAGAUCAAAGAAAGUGUAGGAGUCAGUGGUGUGUGAGCUAAAUGGGUUAAAACGUGCAAAUGACUGCAGAAAUUACCCAAAAUUUGAAAGAGUUGAGAUAAGAAUUGCUAGAUUGUGUUGAGUCUUUAAGGUUUUGAUAGACUUCAUGGUUUUGAUAAACUAGUUGUUGAUUAGAUCAUGGAACUGACUCUGAAUUUGAGUAAUUACACUCCAUAAAUGGUUAGUUGGCUUGUUGUCACAGGAGAUGCUGCAUGUAGGAUUGACACAUAGUGGUUGAAUUAGGAAUUUCAGUCCAAAUUCAAAAUGUUGAAGAGGUUUUUUUUUACCUGGCCCCCAACAAUGAUUUAGACAAACACAGGUUGCCAGAUUGAUGACACAAACAGGAAUGAGCUUGUCUGGUGAUCAAGCCCCGCAAUGCAAGUUGAUCAGACAAUAUUUACAUUUGUAAUAAUUUAAUUGUUUGCGUUAUUGCAUUUCUUUUCAGAGGCUCAUACAUUGAGUUUUCAUGACUGAAAUUAAAUACACUGGCUGCGUUCAGAAUCGCCUACUACUCAGCAGGUACUACAUUUGAAUUUAAACGCAGUACUUGGCCGUUUGAAUGUGAGAAGUAUGAAUGGAAUACUGACGUACUACAUCCUCCAUUUUGUUAUGGUCAUGUGACCUACUUUACCAGCAUCAGUUGCGUCGCUUACUUCCUAUUCAUCAAUUCUCUCGCAGGGCAUCAUGGGAUAGCGCAGAGUGAUUGGGAUGCGCACUUCAGAAUCUCGUGGGAAGUAGUAGAUCAUCUGGGUGUUUCUCGCAUACUGAUUUUCAAAUUCUAUGAAUUCUGAUAUACUAUUCGGCUCGAAUACCGAUUUUAGCGUACUAUAUAGUAUGGAAGUAUGCUGUUUUAGAUGCAGCCACUGUGUUUUCCACCAAGGCAACCCAAUGUGCCAAAAAUGAUUGGAUAACCUUAUAGUGGGCGAAGUUACAUAGACCAUAGACCACAUUGUUUUACAUAGACCAAAACAGACAGACAAUCCCACAUGGGACUCAAAAUAAAAAUGAGAAUAAUUGACUUUAACAUUGUUUUUUGGACAAACAAGCAUGUGAAAACGAGCUGCAAAGAUAUUAUGGCAUAUUUAUACUUUAGAAGAGUCAAAAACUUACAUACAGCACCUUAAACCACUCCAAAGAACAACUAAAGAAGCAGCACCGAUGCUACAUGCAGUAGCACUUAAAUUGGUUCCCCUAUGAAUGCAAGCCAAGGAACCAUUUAGCAGUGCUAAACAGUCCCUCAAAUACCCCAAAGAAUUGACUUGACACAAAUUUGCAUAUACAAAGUCACUUUGCAUUAACAAAAAUCUAAAUAUAAUUAAAAUAAUUGUAAAAAAAAAAAAAAUUGCAGUCAAGCAUGUUGAAGGUUAAAGUAGUAGUAGCAGCAGAAACAAUACACCAUUCAUCGACCAUAGGCAACAUUUACGCCUAAUUUUUUGUUAUCUGACCAAAACCAAUAACAUUAUACCGCAUUUGUUAGCAUUUAUAGCAUUUAGCAUUUAUUGGCCAAUAUUAAUAUGGCUGCCAAUAUCAUGCAUUACUAUGCAUUGCAUCCUCACAACUAAAUUUGAAAACUGUUUAGUGUUUUCUGCUGGUUAGCGAAGCCCUAGAGAACCAUCUAAACUGUUAAAUAACACACUGGUGGUUAAAAUAAUAGCAGAUUGCUCUCAGUUUAUUAAAACUCUAAAAUUCCAGCUAAAUUAGUUUCCCUAUUGUUAAUAAAUCAGCUAGUAAAAGACUUUAACGUUUUGUUAUACUAGGCUAGCAUGUGUGGAAAUGCUAAUGUGUGUUUCAGCUAAGUUUGUUCCCCACCAACAAAUACAAAUAUCUGAGCAGUCAAAGACUUAAAAAUGCACUUAAAUUCUCUGCAAACGUUCAUGAUGAAUCUAAAAUAACUCCGAAAAAAUCUUCAAGUGCUUUUAUGACAGCAAAGCAGCAGUGAGAACUUGAAGUUGUCACAGCAAGCAGAAACACUGCAUGCUACGCUGUGAUAGGCACCAUUUAUGCCUAAUUUUGUUAUAAGACCAAAAACAAUUACAUUAUACAGCAUUUAUUAGCUUUUAUAGCAUUUAGGAUUUAUUGACCAAUAUUAACAUGGCUGCCAAUAUCACAACUAAUCUGUUAAAUAACACACUGGUGUUUAAAAUAAUAGCAGAUUGCUCUCAGUUUACACAAACUCUAAAACUCCAGUAAAAUUUUCAGAACAUUUUUGAAUUAGUUUCCCUAUCUAGUGUUGAUAAAUCAGCUAGUAAAAGACUUUAAAGUUUUGUUAUGCUAGGCUAGCAUGUGUGGAAAUGCUAAUGUGUGUUUCAGUUUGUUCCACCAACAAAUACAAAUAUCUGAGCAGUCAAACACUAAAAAAUGCACUAAAAUUCUCUGCAAACAUUCAUGAUGAAUCUUAAAAUAGCUCCAGAAAAAGUCUUCAAGUGCUUUUAUGACAGCAGAGCAGCAGCGAGAACAUGCAGUUGUCACAGCAACCAGAAACACUGCAUGCUGUGCUGUGACGGCAACUAGAGGCUUAGGAACAUAUAAGUAGAAACAUAAAGACGUACAAGGCUUCAGACUAGCUUUACUUAUUCAUUUGACACAAGCAAGUGAAACUGACUGACAUUUUUUUGUUUCUAUCCCAAGUUUGCAUGAUUUCCUAGUGUUAUUUUGAGAUCACUUGAUUCUUUACAUUCUGCUAACCUUUUUGUUUCAUACUUUGCAUUUUUAUGACAUGUUUUUCAUUUUCUGGAUUUAUAAACUUGUACAUAAUACACAUUCUUUUUUAAACGGUUUUGCUGUAUAGCUAGGAGCAAUGCGUUU